AUGGCGACUGCUGUUCCCGUCGAGAAAGAGGUCGAUAUCGAUGAGCUCGAGCGGGCUGGCAAAGUUGAAUCAGUCGACUCUGAUAAGCUCAACGAUGCUCGCAUCGAAUCCUUCACUCCUCAGGAGCAGAAAAAGAUUAUCAGACGUAUAGAUAGACGACUCGUGUUGACCUUGGGGCUCCUCUAUGCCGCAUCCUUGAUGGAUCGGACUAAUCUUGGUAUCGCUGUCGUCGCCGGCAUGGGCGUCGACCUGGUCCUCAUCGGCAAUCGGUACUCGAUCAUUGUGCUUCUCUUCUUUAUCACCUACGUCUUGUUGCAACCUCCGGCCACUGUCGUUCUCCGCAAAGUUGGCCCCCGCAUCUUUCUGCCCUCCAUCACCCUUCUCUGGGGUAUCACCAUGAUCUGCUUCGGAUUCGUCAAGCACUGGAGUGAUCUGAUUCCCCUCCGUUUGAUUUUGGGUGUCUUCGAGGCUGGUUUCUUCCCCGGCUGUGCCUAUCUCCUCAGCUGUUGGUAUCCGCGAUAUGAACUCCAGAAACGAAAUGCCGUCUUCUAUCUCAUUGGGUCUAUGGCAUCGGCUUUCUCAGGCAUCCUGGCUUACGGCUUCUCCCAGCUGAAGAACCAUGGCGACGGCCCCGUUUGGUGGGGACAGCAUUACGGACCUACUGAGGAGGACCCUGAUGCUCCUUCGGGGAUUCUCCCCGGCAUUGCAGGCUGGAGAUGGAUCUUUAUUCUUCAGGGCGUGUUGACAUGCGUCAUGGCCAUCCUCUCAUACGCCGUGAUCGUCGACUUCCCAGAACUGGCCAACAAGACCUUCGGAUUUAAAUUCCUGAAUCAGAAAGAAGUCGAUUUCAUUGUGGCUCGCAUCGAAAAGGACCGACACGAUGUUAUUCCUGAACCAUUCAAUCUCAUGAAGUACAUCAAAUGCGGACUGGACUGGAAAGUCUGGGGUUUCGCCGCUCUUUUCGGCCUGACCACUACAAAUACCUACGCCAUCGCUUAUUUCCUCCCCAUCAUUCUCAACGUCGGUAUGGGUUUUGGUGUCGCCGCAUCUCAGUGUCUCGUUGCUCCUCCCUACGUCGCGGCCGCGCUCGUCAUGUAUCUAUUUGCCUGGAUCGGCGAUAAGUAUCAUAUUCGAUCUCCAUUGGUCCUUAUUAAUGGGUGUGCGCUUCUGAUCGGUCUCCCACUUCUCGGCUACCUCGAUAAUGUCGGUGUCCGUUAUUUCGGUGUCUUCAUUGCCACCUCCGCCUGCAAUGCCAAUGUUCCCUGCGUACUGACCUGGCAAGCGAACAACAUUCGAGGUCAAUGGAAGCGUGCUCUUUGCUCCGCCACACUUGUUGGUGCUGGUGGUAUUGGCGGUAUCAUUGGCAGUACAGUGUUUCGCGACCAGGAUAGCCCAGAAUACCACCCCGGUAUCCUGACCUGUAUGAUUUCAAGCGGAUUGAUCAUUGUCAUCACUUUGGCUUUGGAUUUGAAAUUUUACCGAGCCAACAAGCGAGUUGCAGCUGGAGGAAAAGCUAUUGAGGGCCUCCAAGGAUUCCGAUACACCUACUAA